AUGAAGAAUUUAAUCCGAAAAAAGAUAGAAAAAGGAUAUGAUAAUUGAUAAUUGACAAAACAAGAAACUUACUGACAUCGUUUGUCGUCUUCCCCAAAAUCUCUUCGAAACGCGGCACUCCGAUGGCGUUGCCACACCUGCGUUUUCAAUUACGUGUCCACCAUUCACUUCAUCUAUAAACACAUCCACUCUCACUCUACACAAAUCAAGUUUCACUUUCUACACCAUAAUGAAGAAUAUCUCCAUCAUAACCUUCUCAAUCGUAAUUUUGUUUUCUAGUUUUGUAGCUAACGGAAUUCCGGGAGGAAGGACGAAGGUAACCGAUGUGAAGUCGAACAAGGAGCUUCAGGAGCUCGGAAAGUACUCAGUGGAGGAGUACAACCGCUUGCAACGUAUCUCGUCGGGGAAGAACGACGGAGAUCUAACGUUUUUGAAGGUGGUAGAGGCGGAGAAGCAGGUAGUGUCAGGGAUGAAAUAUUACUUGAAGAUCGAGGUGGUUUCGAAGAAGAGUGAAGAUCCGAAGGUGUUUGAGGCUGUUGUGGUGGUGAAACCGUGGCUACGUUCGAAGCAGUUGCAGAGUUUCUCGCCGUCGUCGUCGGUGAUUUCCCAACUGAUUUGGUGAUGUUUCGCCGGAACUGGAUCGGAAUUCGCCACCGGUGUCUAAUGUAGCUAUCUGGUUGUUGACUUGUUGUAGUUCCGUUUUUGUAACAUGUGAGGGAAAAUAUAAGGCUAAAUAAACUCAUCGCUCGUGAGUAAGAAAUAUUGGAGUUUGGAAUAAACUAAUGCUGUUGAUUUUUGAAAAUUUUGACUUAAAAAGUUGUUAGCAUGGUGUGACAAUUUGAAAAUUAUCAAAUAAGUUAAUCUAUAUUUUGUUAAUGA